CCUACGUUAAGAACGUCCGAACUAUCACAAAUGUUGUGGGUUGACAAAUACCGACCCACAGAGCUGGAGUCUCUGGAUUACCACGACGAAAUUAGCCAGCGACUAAAAUCCUUGGCAAAGAAUCCAGCCAGUCUUCCCCAUUUGUUUUUCUAUGGACCAUCGGGAGCCGGCAAACGCACCCGUAUCAAUGCCUUUCUAGGAGCCUUGUUCGGACCGUCGGCGCACAAGUUAAAGCUGAAUCAGAGAACUUUUACUACACCGACCGGACGCACCGUUGAAAUCCAUAUGAUUUCCUCCGAUUAUCACAUGGAACUCAGCCCCGGCGAUGCCGGAAACAACGAUCGGUUCGUCAUACAGGACGUUCUAAAAGAAAUUGCGUCGUCCAAAAACAUCCGAAGCUCCGUCGGCGUGAACUUCCAGAAUAGUGCGCAAGAUGGAGUAACACGCACCGAUGAUGCCGAGGAGGAGAGCAACAAUGGUGCACCGGUCGCGACUACUGCCGAAACCGGGAUCAAGGUAGUGGUGCUGAAUCAGGUGGAUCGAUUGACCAAGCAGGCCCAGGCUGCACUUCGUCGAACAAUGGAAAAAUAUGCGGUGACCUGUCGAUUGAUUCUUUGUUGCGACUCCCCUAGCAAGCUGAUAGCGCCUCUCCGAUCUCGUUGCCUCGGCAUUCGCGUCGCGGCGCCUGCGGAAGACGAGGUACGUGCAGCAACGUGGGGCGGAACUGAACAAAAUUGGAGAACCCGUGCACACCGACUAUUCUCCUUGUGCACAUGAAUGAACAUUUUGCCGUCGCUAGGACUCGCCAAACUAACUGACUCAUUCCACCUCGUACUUUGCCAACUCUUCUCUUCGGAAAGAUCGCAAAAAUUCUCAAGAUCGUAGCGAAUCGCGAAGACUUUGGCCUCCCGAACUCCGUAGCAGUCAAGCUUGCACGAGAAAGUGAACGUAACCUGCGCAAGGCGCUGCUCAUGUUGGAAGCCGCAAAGGUACAAUCUGGUGGAAACAAUGCCAUACCAGAAAACCAGUAUAUCCCGACCGCUGAUUGGGAGGUAUACAUCCGACAGUUGGCGACAGACAUCACAAAAGAGCAGAGUCCUCAGACCCUGAUGAUAGCCAGAGAUAAACUAUACGAAUUACUCGUGAACUGUAUUCCAGCAAGCACCAUCUUGAAGAGUCUUACGGGGGAGCUACUGAAUAAUCUUGAUGACUCGGUCAAGCUCGAAGUUAUCGAGUGGGCAGCCUUUUACGAACAUCGCCUUGCUAUGGGAAGCAAGGAUAUCUUUCAUUUGGAAGCCUUUGUUGCCAAAUUCAUGGCAAUAUACAAGAAAUAUUUGAACGAUUUAUUCGGUUAAUUAUUGAAGAACGAAAGUAUUCAUGCCUUAGCUUCAUAGAUCAUCUUCUUUGUAAAAUCAAUAGUCAAUUACAAU